GUCAGCAAUUAGUAUUAGCUCGAAGGAGGCGUGAGUGAGAUCGAGCAUUCCUGGAGGGUUGGACGGUCUCGAGAAUCAUGGGUUCAGUCGUGAUGGAUCACGCGGAGACGAGGACGAUGGAGUCGAUGGCGGAGAUGGCCGACAGAAUGAGCAAGGAGCUCCGUUCCGAGAUGCACAACGCUGAGGUGCAGCUCAACAACUGGGUCGCCGAGCGAGAGCAGCGGCUUGCCGACGUACAGUCUGAUUACGCGCAGACGAUGGAAGCCCGCGCGGCAGAGGUAGUGGAGCUCCGAAAUGCUGACAAGGACACGACCGCAAGACGAGCGCACUGCGCCGCCGUUGUCAAGAAGCAGGAAGAGCAGCUUCAGGAGGAGGUGAAGCGGCUGGAAGAGCUGAGAGAAACGGAGAGGGAAGAGAUGCCCGCCAAGCUGGAAGUUCUCGGGGCCGAGCACCAGAGAAUCGCGAAGAACCUUGAGGCGAAGCAGGGGGAGAUGCUCACCCGCCGUCACGUCAAGGAAGAGGAGCUAUCGGUGCUAGGGAAGGGGGUUCUUCUCUACCGGCGGCUGGGGCUGGAGUUUGAGGGCGGGGACACCGGAGACGACGGGUCGAUGAAGUGCCUCAGGCUCGUCUUCCGACAGAUCUCCCGGCAAGAGCCCGAAAGGCCCUUCGUGAUCGCCGUCUUCAUUGACGACAAUGGCCGCUACGUCGUACCGGAAUGCUUCCCAGCGCUCCCGACGGAAGAUUUGAACCGAAUGCUGGAGGACGUGAACGAAAGCAACGACUUCGCCAAGUUCGUGUCCCGCGUACGUCGCGGGUUCGUCUCGAUGGCCGAGGCGGGUCUCUGA